AUGGGAAACCUCAUCACGACAGCACCUUCGCAGGUGCUGCCGAUUGAAACAUACAUCAAUGACUUGGCCGAUGACAAGUUUGACAAAGUCCUGCAGAGCAAUCGCUUCCUCAAGACGGCCCGUGUGAGCCACAAGCAGAGGACAUACCGGGUGGUGAAGGUGUUUGCCAAGCACUCCAAGUCCAGCAUCGACAUCUCCACCCACCAGAAGCAGCUGGACGCAGUGCGAACAGCGCUUGCAGGCAACGUGCACGCCAUUACGUACGACACACCGCUGGACACGCAGAAGACGGUGCUGCUCGUACGGCCGUUUGUGUUUGCCAGCCUGUAUGACCGCAUGACCAUGCGCCCGAUCCUGUCGCACGCAGAGAAGCUGUGGAUCGCGUACCAGCUCAUCGUUGCCCUGAAGGACGUGCAUGCUGCCAACCUCUGCCAUGGCGACAUCAAGAUUGAGAACGUUCUCCUCAACAGCUGGAACUGGGUCAUGCUCGCGGACUUUUCCCCGUUCAAGCCAGCCUUCCUCCCACAGGGGCAGUACGACCCGUCUGCAACGCUGGCGCGGAUUGAGGAUGAGCACGUGCGCGGGCUCGUCUCCGAGAUGAUUGCGUCAGACGCAUCCGCCCGCCCGUCUGCAGCCGCAAUUCUCGAACGCCACACAGGCACGACGUUCCCCGUGUACUUUGAGACGGUGGUGCACCCGUUCCUGCUGCCGUUUGCGCGGGCGUCGCGCUCGUCGCGCUCGAUCCACCGCCUGCAGGACACGAAGAUCUUCGCUGUCAAGCGCCAGCUGCCACACCUCAUGGCUCAGCUCCAGCACCUCGACACUGCAAGCAAGCAGGAUGCGCUGUCGCUCGUGUUUUCGGUGGUGCUGUCCUGUGUGCGCAGCCUGACCAUCUCCAACGCCAAACUCACCGCCCUCGACCUCAUGCUCACAUUCGCCGAGCACGCCUCCGACCACCACAGGCUAGAGCGGUUUUUGCCGUAUUUCAUGUACAUGAUGCAGAGCAACGAACUCCCCAUCGUCCGCGCUGCAGCCCUCAAGGGCAUGGUGCGGCUUGUUCGGAUGGUGAGCGAGGUGCAGCCGACAGAUGCCAACCUGUUUUCCGAGUACAUCCUACCCGUCGUCACCCCUUUCGUCAAGGAUGACAACGAGAUGUGCCGGUGUGCGUUUGCGGCGUCCCUUGGUCCGCUCGCCGCGUGCUCCCGGCGCUUUCUUGACGCCGCGCAGAGCACGUACCGCAAGACAGACGACGCGUCGUCCCUCCCCUUUAGUAGCUUCGACAGCGAGCUCAACGCCCUCAGGGACCUCAUUCAGCGCGACCACGUGAUGCCUGUACUGCAGGACUCGUCUGCACACGUGCGCGAGGCGUUUCUCUCCUCAGACCUCCACUACCUCUGCAUGUUUCUCGGAACAGAGCGAACGAUGGCGCCGCUGCUGCAACAUCUGCUCACGCUGAUGAAUGAGAAGCGAAGCUGGCGCAUCAGAAAGGCGUUCUUCAAGGCUGUCAAGAUGAUUGCCCCGUAUGUGACGACAGAGGCGCUCAUUGAAUUCCUCCUGCCCAUGUUCGAGCGAGCCCUCCACGACAGCGAGGAGAAUGUCGUGCAGGCGGCGCUUGAGUCGCUGUCGUCGAUUGUGGACCAGCAGCUGUUCCCGCUCCCCUCCCACCGCCGCUUGCUCGACUGGUCACUCCCGCUCAUCGCACACCCAAAUGCGUGGAUCCGGUUUGCCGUGAUUGAUCUUGUGUCGACCAUCGCCCGGCAGUAUCCCCCGCACGAUGCGGACCACGCUGUCCUCCCCGUGCUCAAGGAUUACAUCACGUACGCCAUCGGCAACCCGCAGGACCCUAAGGUUCUCGCCGCCGCUGCCAUCGCCCCCAUCACCCGACAGACAUACGAGUUCCUCGUCAACCACGAGCACCUACAGGAGCUGCUUGGGGCGCUGGCGCAAUCAAAGCUGCACGACGUUGCCUCUGACAAAGCGCACGUCUCGAGCUCACAGAGCCGCCUCCUCGCUGCACUCGCAAACACGGGCUGCCCUGCGAAGGACUGGGCGAAGAUUCUGCUACUGGAGGAACACAUCAGCAAAACGCGAGACGAGCGGCUGCAGGCGAUGAAAAUGCCAAAGUCGAAGCAGGAGCCUACAGUGCCCGCACGUGUGCUCGCACAGCCCCCGCCCCAGGCAAUCGCACCCGUCAUCCUCAAGCUGCCAGAGAGCGUGGUCAAGGGCACAGACGAGUCGUCAUCAUCGUCGUCUGCUGAUGCGGAGGGGCGGCACUUCUCGCGUCGCAAGUGGUCGCUCAAGAAGUCCAUGCAGGCCGCCAGCGACACCACCAGCAGCAGCAGCAACAGUGGUGGUGGUGGUGGGGAUACGCAGGAUUCAGCGCCUGAUCUGAGCUUAGAGGCCAAGAUGCAGCUGGCGAUGCGAAGGGAGGAGGACACACGCCGCUUCGCUGCUUACGACGCCGAUCUCAACGCGCCGCGGCGGGAUGGGCGGCGGAUGGCGCCCGUCAUGCAGCGAUGGAAACCGGCAGGCAUCAUGGUCGGCCACCUGCACGAGCACAAGGGCCCAAUCACAACCCUCGCCGUCGCCCCUGAUGGAAAGUUCUUUGCGUCUGCGUCGAAGGACCGCAGCAUUCGCAUCUGGGACUGCAACAAACUCGAGGGCAAAGCCGUCACUAACCGCUCCCGCUUCCAAUUCAAGGAAUUCAAGGCCGGUAUCCGCGACAUUGCCUUCACGGGCAAGAAACACAUGAUGGCGGCCUGCAGCGGUCAUGCCCUCCACCUCAUUGACAUCAAGCACGCGAACAAAGUUGCCCUCACCGUCACGCAGCGCAAGUUCGACAAGGAACACGAAGGGGCGCCCGUUCGUGUGCGGCAGUUGGCAGCCAACCUACACCACGACGACGUGCUUGCCUUCUCCACGGCGAAAGGCGUCGUUGGCGCAUGGGACCUGCGCACCGCCGCUGACGGCUGGACAGUCAAGACCAAGCCAGGAUACGGCCUCGCUCAGACGUUCGUGACGGAUCGUGCUGGCGUGUGGAUGGUGACGGGAACAGCCCGUGGCGUGCUCACUCUCUGGGACAUCAGGUUCCUCCGUCCUGUGAAGAGUUGGGUGGAUCCACUCGGUGCCAUUGGACAAGUGGAGCUGUUUCCCUCGGCUGGUGACGUGUUUGACCAUCAUGCGCAGGCAACACUCAGCCCUAAGGUCAUGACGACGGUCAACAACGUGAUCAAGGUGUGGGACAUCCACAAGCAGCGCAUCACAGACAUCUUCGCACCGCCUCGCCCGCCAGCUGCCGCUCAUCUCAGUGUUGGCGGUGGCGGUGAUGAUGAUGUUCGUGCCCGCACAAUGUCUGAGUUGUCAACCGCCACCACCACGUCCUCAUCAGCAGCAACAGCAAUGGCUGCAAGUGCACCGGGAGAUGUGCUGAAGGACAUGCUUGGGGAAGCGCCCGCAGUGGACGACAUUGCCCCACCGGUCACUGCGCAGGAGUUUUACGGCCGCGAAAUGCAGCGGCAGCUCAAGCAGACAAACCAACGCGUGGACGUGGCUCGCCUCUGGAGCAGACUCCCAGCAGCACAGCGCGCACCGUUCCUUCGCAGCGCGAAGGAGGACUUGAUUCGAUAUCAGAAAGCGCUCGACGCCUCGCUCGCAGGCCAUCCCGACCUGACGGCCCCGAAUCAGCCGCGUCGGGUGAUGUUCAACCCCGAAGGCAGCCCGCUCGUGUUCACAUCAGGCAGCGACUGCAGAAUACACUACUGGGACACCGUCAACCCCUAUUUCUCGCUCGAGAUGCCGCAGGGAUCACAAGCGUCAUCUGCGGCGUCGAGUGCCCAGCAGCGCUCGCAGUUCCAGCACGAAGAGCGGGAUGGCGUCAAUUUCACGCGUGCACGCGACGAUGAAGACAUUGCCCCGCCUCAGCCCCACUCACGCCCAGGCCCUUUCCCACACAACGCUGCGCAUCGUGAUGCCAUUACGGCCUUUGCUGUCGCCCGCGCUCCAAACCACGUCCUCAUCAGUGCAGACAGAGAGGGUGUGAUCAAAGUAUGGAAAUAGCGGCCGUGCAAGUCACACACUGACACAAGGUACAUCCUGCACCGCAGCUCUUGCACUCGUUCUCGUCGUUGAUGUUGCUGUUCUGUGCACACGUGUCCAGCCCGUCUUUGCAUGCGCCCUUUUGUGAGCGUUGCUUUGUGUGCACACACCAACCUUUCCCCUCCUCCUUUUCCCCUCUCUUGCCUCCCCCCUCUCUUCUUUCCUCCGACGUUUUGAACCGCGAUGACUGUUGGUUUGCUCUUGUGUUCCUCUGUAUACUGUUCCGUGCUCGAAUUGAACCAGCGAGCGAAGUGCCAAAGCAAAUACACGAACGAAACCUUG